AUGUUGUCUGGCUUGUGCUUGAUGACUCACAACGAGGCAACACUUCCAGUAGUGGGCCCUUCCAGCAAGAUCGGAAAUGUGAAGAGCAGCCGCAAAGUUGAUGAUACCUUUUUUGACGAUUCUGACUUGACCUCGAUCGACCCUCCUUCGCUUCCAGCGACAUUGUCACUGGUUGAGACAGAAGGCAAAGAGAGCAAGAGUCUUCCCGGAGUGCUACCGUUGUGGGAUCCGACCCUAUGGUCUUCGUUCAACUCCUGGACUGCACCUGAUCCAAAUGCACCAGCAGCACCCAAUGGCUUGACUCAUCACCUUUGGACGGCGCAGAUCGAGGCUUUCAGGCACAGGGUCGAGGAGCAUCAGUUGGGCUUCAAGCACUUUAUUGAGAGGCAUUUUACAGCUUCCCGUUUCCUGAAUUUUGAGAUUGUGACGAGGGGACAGCGUAAUGGGACUGGAGUGGUACCCCUCCCUGGCUGUGAGGAAGCUGAGCCAGAGGACUUGACAACCUGCCAGUUCUGCGGCAUGCACAAUGCAGAAGCAACUCAGGAGUUUUCUUGA